UGAUGUCUUUGAAAUAUAGAGGGUAAAAGGUUAUCUUAGAAACAAUAAUAAUCCUUAGCACAACACUAUAUCAAACUGCAAAUAAAGCCGUGGAGUGCGUCUCCUGUUUGUUCGUUAAAACCUGACCAGAAACUGAUGAGAUGCAAAGGAGGAAGCACUUCAGUGUUUCAGUGCUGUGCUUCUGUGGCGCUGGGCACGUGUGAAAGAGUGGUUUGAUUCGCGCAGAAUCAAAGUCUCCACAUGUCACGCUAAUGUACAUUUAUGUAUUUAGGUUAUUUCUGUAUUUAGGCUGCUGACAGAAGCUUCGGUGACUGAGAGGAUGGUGGUCCAAUAGGAGUGCGGCUCGGCUCCCCCGCGGGGCUGUGAUUGGUCUGCGGGGUGGCGGCGGGGCGGGGCUGUGAGAUUACAGCAGCAUCUCUCUCUCCGCAGAUCCAGCAGACAUCUGGAGCAGCCCUACCCGGGAAUCAGACCCCUGAGCAUCGAACGCUGACACCCUCCACCUACUCACCCCGGUGUUUGCAAUCUGUUUCCCGACACGUACCCGCUCUUCGGUGUUGCUGUGGUGGCUCUGUGGGUUGCAUCUCCGGAGGGAGGCUGCUGCGCUCCGGAGAGACGUUUCUGCCGGUGAAAACACGGAGAUACUAAGGCUAAAACCCGGGAGGAUGGUGAUGGACUGAGCUGAUCCGACGUCUGAGAGGUUUUUAGGGCCCGAUGGAAGCUGCGACACAUCUGGACCUGGAACGUCUGGAUCCCGGCUCCAGCUUCAGUCUGGAUUAAAGAGCCGUGCUCAUCACCGGGGGUUCGGUGUAUUUGUUUUCUUCUUUUAGCUUUUGCCCUUUCCUCACAGAUAAACGGUCCUGAUUGAGAGUUUGAGGGAGCAGGCGGAUCCCCCUCCUCCAACCCUCCUCCCCCUGCUGGUCUGGAUUAAAGCCCAUCAGGAUCAUGAAUCAUCCCCCUCCGUGACUCUAAUCUGGGCUUUACCGAGCUGGAUUUAAAUCUGAGAUCUGAUCGGGAUUACUCUGUUCCUGGUUCUGAUCGGGUCACAUCUGGCCCGGUCUGAACCGGUCCCGGAACUGGUGUGAUCUUUGACUCGGUCCCGGUCUUCUUGGUGCUGGUUUGGGGGAGGUCUGCUGUCAUCAUGCCGACGUCCCGGCCUGGUUCGGAGCCGGUGGAGUUCUGGGUGGACGGAUCAAGGCGGGACGGGACGGUGGAGGAAUUCUACACCCUGAGCUCGGAGCUGGGCAGAGGAGCGACUUCCAUUGUGUAUCGCUGUGAGGAGAAACAGACCCAGAAGCCCUACGCUGUCAAAGUCCUCAAGAAAACGAUUGACAAGAAAAUUGUUCGCACUGAAAUCGGCGUUCUGCUGCGUCUUUCUCACCCAAACAUUAUCCAGCUGAAGGAAAUCUUUGAGACAGACACAGACAUUGCUCUGGUGCUGGAGUUGGUGACUGGAGGAGAGCUCUUUGACCGGAUUGUGGAACGUGGUUACUACAGUGAGAGAGAUGCUGCUCAUGUCAUCAAACAGAUUCUGGAGGCUGUGGCGUAUUUACAUGAGAACGGUGUUGUGCAUCGUGACCUUAAACCAGAGAAUCUGCUGUACGCCGACCUGUCUCUGGAUGCUCCACUGAAGAUAGCUGACUUUGGUCUUUCAAAAAUCAUAGAUGACCAGGUGACCAUGAAGACAGUCUGCGGUACUCCGGGGUAUUGCGCUCCAGAGAUCCUGCGGGGAAAUGCCUACGGCCCUGAGGUGGACAUGUGGUCGGUGGGCGUGAUCCUCUACAUCCUACUCUGUGGGUUUGAGCCCUUCUUCGACCCAAGAGGGGAUCAGUACAUGUAUAGUCGUAUCCUCAACUGUGACUAUGAGUUUGUUUCUCCGUGGUGGGAUGAGGUCUCCCUCAAUGCUAAGGAUCUGGUCAGUAAGCUGAUUGUCCUCGACCCUCACAAGCGCCUCAGUGUCCGGGAGGCCCUGCAGCACCCCUGGGUGCUGGGCAAAGCUGCCCGGUUCUCUCAUAUGGAUACUACCCAGAGGAAACUACAGGAGUUCAACGCUCGACGCAAACUUAAGGCGGCCAUGAAAGCUGUCGUGGCCACGAGUCGGAUGCAUGAAGGUUCGCGGCGUCGCACAGACAGCUGUGACAUUCCAGGUUCAGGGGCUUCCAGGCAGAGCAGCAUGCAACAGGACCCGCCUCCUGAGUCUGCAUGCUCCACCCAAAAAGACAAAGAGGCUCCACCUCCUGACCAGCAGUUGCCACAGGAAGUUGAAUCGAAGUCUGCUGACCCAAACGCCCUCAGCCCCUCUCCUCCACACAGCCCCAAACUACCCAGCUCUGAUGUCACACCCACAGGGCCCAUCCCCACCAGACCGCCACUGCGCGCUGAUGGGCUGCGACAAGUAUCUGUAAUCCCUAAAAGCAUGCUGGUCCAACCCCGGCUGCCGCAGAAAAGCUGCUCUGUCAUAGAGCCAACCCCCAGAGUUGGGGCCACACCCACACUGGGCUCACCCCCGAGUCCCAACAACCUCAGCAAUGGCUUCACAUCUGGGGCGGAGCCUACCAGUGUAGGUGGAAUUUCCUCCAUACUUAACACAAAAACAUGAAACUGAAAUCUUUUCCUUUAAGUCCUGAUCUGGGACAAACUGAGACUUGAGUAUUAUGUUUGGGCUUCUUCUUCUUCUCCUGACGCAGAAAGACUUUUCCUGUGAUGCUCAGGACAGAGACUGAUUGUAUUUUAUUAAACGUACACAAUGACUUGGCGCUCACCUGCAUGAACGGAUGCUCUUUAUUCAUGGACAAGGAGAGAGAGCGCAGCGGCUUUUUCUUCUUCUUCUGCAUCCCUUUUUUUUAGCAUGCACGCUCAGACGCUUCAGACUUUCAUGUUGCUGUAAAACUCUGAGUUUUUUAAUCCUUUUUACUCUUUACUGUCGACACCCGCUGACGUGAUUACGCAGCUGUAUGAGUAAAUAGAGUACCUCCAGUGUGUAGCGUUCAGGUAAGUAACUCGUGUUUGUGAUCUUCUCGUAAAACGUUGUGUUGUUUACACUUUAUCAGCAGUGACGAUGCGAUCUUAUUUGCACUGUACAUACUGUAGUUUGGUUUUUGAGAAGUUAUUACUGACAUCUUUACCUCUCGACUCACUAAGAAACAUGUUCAGUGUUUAAAUUCCCAAAUAUACCAAAUUUGACCUUUGUGGAAAAUAAACCCCUUUCAUCCGAUCUAAAACCACACGUUCUACCUCUUUUUGUACAGGGGCUUCCAAAAUGAAAUGAAAAGAUGCAGAUCUGGAAAGAAAAUGAGAUGAGACAAGAAAGAUCCAAUUUACAUUUAUACUUAAAGUUAUGGUGGCCAAGACAGAACCAACAGAAAGUCUGAGAAAACACAAGCAAGCACUUUAAAGCAGCCAACAGUGUGUGCUACCUAGCAGGAAACAUUAUACUGCGUAGCUGGUUCCACAGUAGUUAAUCACUGUGAGGUUUUGGAGAUGUUAGAGGAGUUUGUAAGAACACUACAUUGGUUUCUCAAACAUUUUGUUUGAUGUGUCAAAUGUCCACUCACGACACCACAGCUCAUUAGUCAACAAGUCCUGAAUUUAUCACGAGCCAGUGCAGGAAAUUCCUCUUAACUGACCGCACAUAUGCUCACACAGAGCAAUUCAUUUGUUUGCUUAAUCACUGAGUGAGGCUGGUCAGGAGCUACAGGCUCAUGAUGAACUGGCUGCUUCAGAUGUUGUUUAUCCCAGCAAGGCCACGAUCUCCGAAAAAUCAUGGAGAGGCUUGCCAAGAUGUCCGAGCCUGGAUGCCUCAUACUUUCUUCAUUGUUUUCUGCAUUCGUUCCUUGUCUCGCUGCCACCAAGCAGACUCCCAGGCCAUCACUGCUGGCAAGCAGUUUUCUUGUACUGCAUGUGAAGAAUGGACACGACGUUGGUUUUUUGAAUAGAUGAGAGGGUGGAUAGCUCAUGUAUCAGCUAACACUAGCAAGCUUGGUUAGUAAGCUGCAUCCAUUAGCGUAAGGUGAAUGAUGCAGUAUUUUCUCACUGUGCUUCUGAAAGUGAAAUAAGGACGCUUAACUAAAAUCUGUCAGGCUGCAUCUGAAUGACAUCAUCUACAUUUGAAUCCGCCUCCACACUGACAAGUUGUUUCACAGCAGAGAGCUCAGUCCACAGUGAACCACUUCACAUAAAACCAGUCCAGUCUCUACUUUAUCAAGCCGUUUUCACUUUGCAAACAGCAAACCUGCAUCACAGCAUCAUGUCUGGAAGAUAACUAAAGCUAAUAUCUCACAGCUUUGAUUCUCAGCGGUUAAAUCACCCACACAGACGCCCUGCUGAUUUUAAGAUCAAAUCUUUUAUUUUAGAAGAAGCUAAUUAAGCUGCAUGUGCAAAAAGUGAGCAUGUUUGCAGCACACCAGGCUGGAUGAAUGGCAUUAUAUGUCAAAUUUGUAAAUAAUAUUAAUAUGUUGAAGCAAUCCAAUUAAGCCUAUUGUGGUCAAAUUUGGUAUUUGAUGUAGCUAUCUUUUGAUUCUUUUGACUCAAUUCUUUUCAGAACUGAGUUAAAAGAAUCUCAUUUUAAAGCACUUUAAGAAGAAACAUGUGAAGAGGUGCAGUAAAGUCCCAUUAAGCAGUAAACUGUCGUGUUUACAGCUGCCUAAAAGUCUUCUCGGUUUUUUCAGCUUCCUCUGCUUUGCGUUCUGUCUCAGCCACCAUACAAAAUCCUAGAUUAUGAAGAGGAGCACAUUUGUUCCUGAAGGGCUUUUCUUUUUUUAAAGAGGAACCACAGCUAUAACCAACACUGCUCCCAAAAUUUAUGAAAACUGAUGGAUGGAUGGACAUGCUGAUCACAAGCUUACCAUCUCAUAAAUUCAACAGUCUGUCUGUCUAAUCGCUGUCCCAUAUUUUAUUUAGAUAAAAAAUGUAUUUGCAUUUAUGCAUCAAAUUAUCCUCUUCAAUUUAGAUCACUCACCCGGGUUUUCACAUGGUUACAUGGGAAGUAAUUAAUCAUUAAAAAGGAAAUAUCAAACCUGCAGUUUCUGUGAUUGGGCAUUCAGACUGUCAGUCACAAAACAUAUAUUUUGGAUUUGAAUUUCAGUUUGUGAUUUGGUUCCUCUUUAAACCAUUCAGUUAAAGCACGAGUUUUCCGUUGGACAGAUGUGUCACAGCUGGAUGCCAUGUUUACCUGAGCACAGGUGUUUAAAGCUUCUUGCCAGACGGAACACACUGGAUAACUAGCAGUCACGGUGAACGCAUGUAACUGUAUAUUUGAUUUAUAUCUAUACACUUCUGUAAGAACAUGAACAUUUUGCUUCUAUUUAUCUAGCCUGUUAGAGAUUUGCAGGGUGGGGUUGAAGUGGGUGGGGUUACAACUGUAAAUGGUAUUUGUUUUGUGUUUGAUGAGUAUAAUUGUACCUUUUUUUAAAGAUUCUGACAGCUGACAUAUAAAGUGACAGUGUAACAGUCUGAGCUGUUACACGUGUAUCUUUGCAUGUAUUAUUUAACUUCCUUUGAUCACAUCAGAUUGAAGAAGCAAGCAGGGAGUUUGAAUCCUGCAGGACUCUGUAACAGCAGCUCAGCUGAUCUGAGGUCUGUUUGAAUGAACUUUUGCUGCAGGAUGUUUCAGGCAGGGUUUUGCAUCACAUGUACAGUAAAGGAUAUGAAUCA